AUGGCCGUGGAGUCGGAGGAGUCCAAUGGCUCGAAGCUAAUCAAUACGAAGCUUCGUAAUAGGCCCAUUGAUAAAAGCACACAUGAAGUACCAGCGGCGAAUAUGGUCCCAAGGGAGACCCUGAGCGCCGUUGAAGAGGAUCCUUCAAAACCUCGCAAGACCUUUGGUCGCACACCUGAUGGCAAAAUUUUUGUUGUUCCCCAGACGCAUGACAUGGUCUCUACCCUCCUGUCGCCAACACAGCCCAAGAACCUAUCGGACAUUGCUAUUUUAGGCGUUUUAGCAUUGCACAUCGCACUUCUUUACUUUCUUCCUUCGUCGAUCCGCACCCCCAUACUGUGUGCUACGUUCCUCUUUUGGAGAACUGCUUACAAUUUCGGUAUCGGUGUCCUCUUGCACAACCAAUCCAACCGUAAAUGGCUUGUCUAUUGGGCUCGUAAAUCUGGUAUCUUUGAUGCUUCCCGUCAGCCAGUAAUUUGCAAGCUCGUUAAGCAAGAAAUUGAGGCCAAGAUUCCCGAUGAAGUGAAGAGUGGAGAUUAUGUUUUUGAGGAUGCACCCAUUGAGUAUAAUACUUGGCUUGUGUUCCGCAGAGUGGUCGAUUUGAUCUUGAUGUGUGACUUUGUCAGCUAUGUCCUUUUUGCCAUAUCCUGCGCUUCUCUUCCUGAGGGCGAAGGAUGGGUAUUGACAAUGGGAAGAUGGGUGGGUGGUAUUGUACUGUUCAUGUUUAAUCUUUGGGUCAAAUUGGACGCCCACAGAGUCGUCAAGGAUUACGCCUGGUACUGGGGUGAUUUCUUUUUCCUCAUUGACCAGAAUCUUACAUUUGACGGUGUAUUCGAAAUGGCACCUCACCCAAUGUACUCUGUUGGCUAUGCCGGAUACUACGGUAUUUCUCUCAUGGCUGCAUCUUACACCGUUCUCUUCACCUCUCUUCUUGCACACGCUGCCCAGUUCGCAUUUCUUACAAUUGUCGAAAACCCUCACAUCGAUAAAACCUAUAACCCUCCUGCACCACGCCGCAGAUCGGCCCCUCCACCUAUGGUCAGGCCUACCUCAUCUGUUGGAAAGAAUAGAUCGAGCUCAUCUUCAUCGACCGCGACUUCUUCGGUUAUAAUGGAGGAUACAGUACAAACUGCAAAGGAUCACAAGCUCCUUGGAAAAUUCGAUCUUUUCCACAAUACUCAUCUUUUUACGAUUCUCCUAGUUGGAUAUUUGGUUGUUUUGACUCUUCUCACCCCCAAUACUUCUAUAGUCCAGGCUGCGUUUGUCAUCCACGCUCUUGUAUGGAGACUUUGGCACACUAUUGGUAUUGGGGCAAUUCUUCACGCACAGAGUAACAACAAGGCCUGGUUCCGACACUUUUUGAAGUUUGGCGAGACCCGCGAGGAAGCUUGGAGUCAAUGGAAGAGUCUGUACCACGUUUCUUUGGUCAUGUGCCAUGCUUCAUUCAUGGCUGCUGGUUGGAAAAUGUACCACUGGCCUGCUGGGGAAGAGAAGCUAGUGCUCUUCAGGCACACUGUCGGUAUUAUGCUCAUCGCUCUCCAACUCUGGACCUCUACCUCUAUCUACGAGUCCCUAGGCGAAUUCGGCUGGUUUUAUGGAGACUUCUUCUACGAGCUUCCUAGCCCUGGCUUGACAUAUUCGGGUAUUUAUAGAUACUUGAACAACCCUGAACGUCUUAUUGGUUGUGCCGGAAUAUGGGGUAUUGUCUUGAUUGCAUCUUCGUCGGCCCUGUUCAUGUUGGGACUUUUGUCGCACGUUUGCGCUCUUCUAUUCAUUCAAUUUAUCGAGCGACCUCACAUGCAGAAGUUGUAUGGUAGCAAGAUUCGCCGGGAAGCCGGUGUUGUCAGAACCAUUAAGAACGCGAUUCCACCCCCAGUUGCCAACCAUAUCAAGUCUUUCCAGGGGUCCGUUGACAAGGUGCUUUCGGAAACCACCGAUUUCGUUGAGGAAUUUUUGGAAUCUGCCAGGCCAAAGCUUGCUCAAGGUGUUAUGGGUGUGGUCAAAGACACACAGUUCUUGUUCUCUCAGUACCCCGCUAGACUUUCAAUCACCCUUCUUGCCGACGAUCUUGCAAAUUACGAUUCCAAGAAAUAUUCCUUAAGCAUUCUGAACGCACUGCCACAGAAAGAUUCGGAUGCUCACAAGAGUCUAUCCGUUUCUUAUGGAGAGCCAGUUAGGGUGGGAUGGACUGCCCCGGUCAAUCACUCAAGGAAGGACUGGAUCGGAUUGUACCGGAUUACGGAUAACCGCUCUCGUCUCAUCACUAAAGUCGCUUCUAUGGGAAGGUGGAUCGCUACCUGCAAAGACGAGUAUGAUCUUUCUGAGGACGCUGAAAGCGGUAUUGUUUCAUCUGACACCCCUGGCACUUGCGUCGACGACGGUGAACCGAUUUUUAAGGGUGAAGUCGAAUUUUCAUGCGAUAAGACAUUCUGGAGUAAUGGUACAUACGAGUUUAGAUAUCACCACGACGGAAAGCACAAUGUUAUGGCUAUCAGCUUGCCCUUUGAAAUCGUUAUCGACAAGGUUGAAAUCAACGAGGAUGAGGAUAUUGCAUUUGUGGACAGUGAAGAAAUGCAGGACAAUAUUGAGAAACAUCUCUUGCCGGUCGUCAUCAGGUGCUUUGAACGCAAGGAAGAGUUGGCACCAUCAAACGUUAAUGAGGAGUUCGGUGGGCUUGGAGAGGAAAAGUACGCCAAGAGGAUUGUCUAUGCUGUCAAGGAAAUGUUCGGUGUGGACUUUGCACCGGAGGUAGUCCAGGCGGAUGGAAAUGUUCGGAAGUUGGCUUGGAGGAUAUGUAACGCUAAGAAAGUUCUGGCCCCAUUCAGCAUGAACACCGCUGGUAUCUCGACUCCAAGUACACCUAGACUAUAA